GCCGGAUUAAGACCGCAUCUUGGCGAUUCUGGGGUACAUUCUUUCCCCAGAUUGUUUGUGGGGGCCCACGCGUGUGCAAUGCCGGCCGUGCUUGUCUGACAGGCUGUCAGUCGCAGGGCUGUCAGUAUAAAAGCUGUCAUCUCGACUGGGAUGAAUUUUUCUGAUCAUCAGAACUGUUACAAUUGACGUUUCAAAAUGUUUCUCCGUGGCAAUUAUUUGUCCCUCGCUCAGCUGUUUCUUGUGGUAUGCCCGGCUUUUGUUCUUUUUGGUUAUAACCAGGCCGGUAUUGGAGGUCUGGUUUCAGUUGAAGACUGGACCAAGACCUUUCCUCAGAUCGAUACAUCUCAUACGUCGGGCGCAACCAAGAGCCAUAAUUCCACUAUUCAGGGUGUCGUUAUUUCAACAUUUACUCUUGGCGCCCUUGUCGGUGCCUUGUCGUGCUCCUUUAUUGGAGAUAUCCUAGGACGGCGCAAAGUCAUCUUUCUCGGAACCCUUGCGACGUUGAUCGGGGAGAUACUUUGUUGCUCUUCUUACGGACUCGCUCAGUUUGUUGUCGGACGCACUGUGAUCGGUGGAGGAAUUGGACUUCUCAGCGCCACUGUACCCGUCUGGCAGUCUGAAUGCUCGUCUGCACACAAUCGAGGAAAGCAUGUUGUCUUGGAUGGCUUGUUCAUCAGUGCCGGCUAUGCAAUUACUUCCUGGGUGAAUCUGGGCUUCUACCAGAUUAAGACUGGUUCAGUCCCGUGGAGACUGCCUUUGGCUAUACCAGGCGUGAUUUCGCUAGUUCCUCUGGCGUCCAUUUUCUUUCUGCCAGAAUCACCUCGUUGGCUGGUCCGCACUGGUCGGAUUGAUCAAGCUCGAGAAACACUAUCCAAUCUCAAAGGCGCCCCUAUUGCAUCUGAUCAAAUCCAGCGGGAUAUUUCUGCAAUUCAAUUCUCGCUAGAAGAGGUUUCGCAGGGCGUUUCAAUUCUCGAUAUUGUUCGUCCGAAUGACGAGAAACUGCUUUACCGUUUUGGGCUUUGCAUUUUGCUGCAAUUCUACCAACAGAUGUCUGGUGGUAACCUCAUCUCGGUGUACGCCCCGAUCAUCUUCCAAGAGAACCUUCAAAUGACCAGCAUGAUGUCUCGUAUUCUUGCCGCUGCCACACUAGCCUGGAAAUUCCUUUCAUGCUUCGUUGCAUUCUUCUGCAUCGAUCGAUUUGGCCGUCGGGUGGUUUUCAUGGUGAGCGGCGCAGGAAUGGCGUUGUGCAUGGUUGCUUUGGCUAUCGCUACGAGCUUUCCGCAUGGAAACCAAUCUGCAUCAAUUGCGUCGGCUUUCUUCAUCUUCCUUUUCAAUUUUUUCAUCCCAAUUGGGUUCUUGGGUGCGAACUUUCUAUACUGUACCGAGGUGGCACCCCUUCGACUCCGAGUAGCCAUGGCUUCUAUCUCGACCGCCAACCACUGGCUUUGGAACUUUGUCGUUACGAUGAUCACCCCUGUCGCGAUCAAUAAUAUCGGAAGUCGUUACUAUAUCGUCUAUGCUGUUAUCGGGGCUUGCAUUCCUGUCUCAGUAUACUUCUUAUACCCAGAAACCAUGGGUCGGAGCCUAGAAGAUCUCGACAGAUUGUUCGCUGGGGAUAUGAGUAUCCGCCAAAUCGUGGCUGCUUCAAAGAGACCUCUUAACUCGGUGGACGCAUCCGUUGAUUCAGAGAAGGGUGACGUACUUGAAGUGGAGGAUUCUCGUUUUAAGGAAUAGCCGUCUUC